AUGACCAGCACCAUCCCAUCAUCACGUCCAGCAUGGCAGACGGAUGAUCUAGAUGAAGAGUGGAUCGAGGAUGACGACGAAGACGACGAAGCUGGAAAUUCAUCACUGGGUACUCGUUCCAUAUCACUUACAGCACCUUUACCUGGCCUAGUCCAGGUAACGAGUCCUAUCGAAGACUCUCCUACAGGCUCUGAAGUCGGUGGAACAUUUCUGAUUAGGCAGGACAUGCCUGCCGUCCCAUUCUUGCCCAAAACACCUGGCAGAAACAACCCAAAAGGUAUAAAAGACUUCUUCAGUCCCCUUGCGCUAGAAAGAAUGUUUGAGCCUCCCUCACCACCGAAUGCACGACCAACCAAUCUACCAUCAAGUCUCACCGCCGCUCCUUCUGUACCUUCUCGGUUGUCUCAAGCACAUAUGCCAGAGGAGGAUAGGACUGUGAACUCUUUGACUCCUUCGGGGCUAUCUGACCAGAGAUCAAGCAUGGAAUGCCGGUUUACAUUUACUGUUCCUCGUCAGACACCCCCUCACGCUGCGUUUCCCCUGGCUGAGAGCACUCCUGGACCCACAUACAGUGCUGCCAACCCCCCUAUGACCGAUCCUCGUCUGCGUCUUUUUCAACUACAAUAUGACACGUUUACUCGCGACCACCUCUCUGCUAUGGUUGAUUCUAUCGCGGUAAAUACUCCUUCAGGUGGCAGUGGCGAAGCCAAUGGAUCAUCAUCCAGCUUUGGAGGCCGUGGUUUGUCGAGGGUCUCUGAAGCCACUGCAUCAGAUGUUUCACGUAUACGCAGUAUAAAGCGUGUCAAACUAAGUCCACGUAGUGAUUUUUACGGUGAAGGCGAUGGCGACGGUGCUACUAUUGCGCGGCCUAAAACACUCAGGAAAGAUUACAUCGGGGAAUCGCGUUCUCUUAUGCAACAAAUCAAACAGGCUCGUGAUUUCUCGACUAUCUCCACGGUUGCGAGUUCUCAGUCACCUGCGGCGGAAGCAGUGGACGGCGAUGAUGUAUCAAGACGCACACAAACAGUCUCAUCGGAAUCUUCGAAUACCAAGCGGGAAUCUACUUAUUCAUCUCUUGCAUACCGACAACAAGCUGCUGAUCUUAUGCAGCAAAUUAGAAAUGACAUGAAAGGACAUAAACGACUUUUUUCUGGCGAAACAGAUGCAUCUCAUUUGCCCCAUACAGGCGAUAGAUCGACAGCUCACUCAUCUUCUCCAAGCACCCACCACUCACGCUCAUCCAAUAUGUUUGAUGAUCAAGCAAGUCGGACUCAUUACGUGCGACAUCGACAGCGAAGCGCAUCAAAUCGAAUGCCUCCUUCUCCCCGAUCAAAAGCAAGUCCAAGGAAAAAUGCUCGCGGUCCCAGUACAGCUGAUGCAGCCAACGAUGGUCUGGCUCGCGAUAUGUCCAAUAUGUCAAUCGACGUUCCUUGGUCCAUUGUGGAUCGUGAUGCCUCCGACUCUGUUGCUGAUCCACUACCUACAGAUAUACCUCAAAUCAGAGUGAGCCCAUUCCCCGAGCCAGUGCCCCUUGCGCCCCAGAGACACAUAUCACCCUCUUACCCCUCUUCUUCCAUUCGAUCGGGUCCGAAUGAAGACCUCAACCGAUUUGUUUCUUCGAGUACGGCUUCUGGUACAACCGUCACAGCGAGCAGUGUCCCUUCUUUUGUGAAGCACUCUGGACCAGUGCAGAUAACACGCAUAGCUCCCUCUGAUGUUCCCGCUUUGCCCGAAAGAGUGGGUAAAAUGGUGUAUGACAGGACUCUGAUGAAGUGGGUAAAAACCACGGGACGCGAGGUCACAGAGGCCGUGGAAGAUGAUAAGAGAGAUCAAACUCUUGGGACAGACAGUAACGCUGAGAGCGAAGAUCCUUUCAGGGACAUAGAAAGUCUGAGGGAAGAUGAUUCAGGGGGACCAGCAGCAUGUUCACAGGUCGAGUUAGAAACCAGCCAUAUCGAAGACUUAGAGGAGCAUAUCGAAGGAGGCGAUGAAGAGGAAGCUGAGUUGAUGUCUUUCUCGUUCGAUGGCCCAUCCAUCGCGGGCAUCCCCGUUUCCGACUUGGAUGAAGCAAAUCAAGAUACCGACUCAGAAACAGACUCUGACGACGAUGACGAGAUUGUAACAGAAACUACAGACGAACAAGACCAAGAAGAGCCGUUUGAUUCGGACGAGGAGGUGGUUGAGGAAGCUCAGCCAGUACACGUCAAUCGAUCAAUAUCGGUUCGCACGGCAGCUCACUCAUUCGCAAACGCAGGCACACCUGUCGCCGCACCCCGAGUGGCCUCGGCUGUCAUGACUCCCGUGCCACCCCGGUCUGCUCUAAAGAGUACAAGCGUUACCCCAAUGUCAGCCAUGAAAGAUCCUAGCAAGUAUAGAACACCGGCACAACGACUGGGUCAUCGUCGAUCUGUGAGUUUUUCUGAUGGCAAACGAGAAGGCCCUAUCCGAGGUCUGCACAGAAGGGAUGGGAAUGAUGCUUACGAUCAAGCUAGCCUAUCAGACGGCCCUGAUGUCCAGACCUCGAGCUUUGUACCUUCUGCACGGUCGAAGCGGAUUGCGGAAAUGAUGCAAAAUUUCCAGGAUCCCGAAGACGAUGCUUCGCCGACGAAGUCGGCCAGCUCCGGUCGACCUUCCACGGAAGAACUGCAACCACUCGAGGUUAGACGACCAACCUCUCAGGAUCUAACCGACUUCAGUGGUCAAACUUCUCGAAGGGUAUUCUCAAGGUCAUUCAAGCAUGCAAACCAGACAGACCCCAAAGGCAACGCCACGUUUUUGACCGAGUGGUCAUUUGGCCUAGCGCGUGACCGCCUCGUGCAGGUGAUCACAGAUAUCCAGCCGUUUGAGCCAUACUGGGAAGAGUUGGACUGUAUCGACUUAUCGAAGAGGACCUUGGAAAGUGUGGCACGGCUGAAGGAAUUUUUGCCAAAGUUGGAUUCAUUAACGCUGAAUUCCAAUCAACUAUCUUGGUUAAGCGGAGUACCCGGGACAGUCCGGACACUUUCUGUCGCCUCCAACUUGCUAACAGGAGUCACAUCAUUCAGCCACCUCCUAAAUCUUGAGAAUCUGGACGUGAGCAAUAACGAUAUCGAUUCCCUAAGCCAGCUGCAGUGUUUAAGACACUUGCGGGAACUACGGGCCGAUGGCAACAAGCUCUCAAGUCUGGACGGUUUGCAUAAACUGGAUGGUUUAGUGAAGCUAAGCCUACAGCAUAAUAAAAUUGAAGCGGUCGAUUUUUCGGAGUGCUAUUGGUCGCGGCUAGAGAUGUUGAAUCUGAGCCAUAACCGGUUAAAUAGCAUAAUAGGGUUGACGUCCCUGUCGGCGGUAGUUGCCUUGAAUAUUGAUAACAAUUCACUGGGAGAGCUUGAUCCCGGUGGUUCGAUGCCUAGGAUGCGUAUACUGCGUGUGAGUGCAAACCGACUGCAGCGGUUGAACGUAGCGCCCUUUCCAAAUCUUCGCACUCUUUACGCGGACAACAACUCGCUUGGGACUCUCGUAAGAGCGGAGCGCUUGGCUAAACUGGAGAACCUGAGCAUGCGAAAUCAGAGUUGUCGUGACUUCCAUCUCUCGAGUCGCAGUGUUCGCGAUGUGAAAAGGUUGUAUCUAUCAGGCAACAAACUUAGAAGAGAGUUUAUUGAGGAGCCCUGUUACAACCUGGUAUAUCUGGAGGUGGCGGCGUGUCGGCUGACGAGUCUACCACGCGAGUUUGGACGGUUGUCACCGAAUCUUCGGGUGCUGAAUCUGAAUUACAACUUCCUGGAGGAGGCGGGUGGAUUGGAGGGGUUGACGAGAUUGAAGAAGUUGACCAUCAUCGGAUCUCGGCUGAAAGGGACGAAGGGACUGGUGCGGAUACUUCAGCGGAUGCCCGAUGUGGAAAUGCUAGAUUUCAGGAUGAAUCCAUGCACGCUCGGAUGGUACUUGCCGCUCCUGGUGAAAGAUGUGCCUGGGGCGUUGCAGCCAUCGGAGAACAAAGGAGGAGGGGGGGGUGUUGUGAGGGGUGAGAGAAGAGGGGAGUACAGCUGGCAAGAGCUAGACUCGAAGUUUCGAAGGGACCUGCCUGACGAGGCAUACGUGGGGCGGCUUGGAUAUCGAGGACUUGUUAUGCGUGGCUGUCCCCGGAUACGAAUGCUGGACGGAGUGGAAGUGUCGGAGAAGGAACGGACGAAGGCUAAUGAUUUGUUGGAGGGGAUUAAGGGGAAGAGGAGGGGAGUGACACGGUAGGGAUGCGUUAGUAGGAGGGCGGUGAGCUAUGGGCGGGAGUAGACGGACCGGGCUGGGAGAGAAACGAGAGGACGGUGAUUGGGCAGUGCGUGUCUUGGCGGGGAGAUGACGGUAGCCUAUUGGAGCGGUUGGAAGGAAGGACCGUGCAGGGAGAGAAGGGUGCCUGGCAGAAAGCAGGACUCGGAUUACCGGAUUGGGGGUGCUCAUAUGACCAUUAGGGGGAGGUGACUGUGACGUGUGACACGGCCGUGUUUGUCGCGCUGAGAUCUGGUGCGAUCUAGACAUAGAGGUCGGAUCGGGCGGGACCGAGGAGCUGUGUGGUUGCUGAGGGUGAUUAAUUGAGGACACAGCUUCUGUUUUGCCUCGAAUAAAUAUAAUAAUAAAUAUAUGGAUGUCCAAAACGGGGAUGUG